AUGAGCAGUGCUCGUGAUGCGCAGAACUUUGCAUGUGAUGAAUGCAGAGCCAGAAAGUCAAGGUGCUCCAAAGGAAAGCCAAAAUGUCUUCAAUGUUUGAAGCUUGGCAAAGAAUGUAUCUAUAGUCCAAAGAUUGUUCGGAGUCCUUUGACACGCCAACAUCUUACAUAUGUGGAAGACCGGCUGAAUGCCGUUGAGACGGCGUUGAGCAAAUUAUUCCCCGGUGGUGAUUUGGAUAAUGUCGUGAGCUCUCUACUCCAGGACCAAGACCCUCAUCAACGGAAAUCCUUGUCGCCAUCUGUAUCUUCAAAAGAGUCUCCACGUCCUCGGCCAGAGAGCAAACAUUCCGAGCCCGCCGCAGAGGCAGUCCCACAACAAGCCGAUGGGUUCGAUUGGGCUGAGCGCGAAAUCUCGCUUGGUGAUCUCUCUGAUGGUAUGGCAGCUUUGUCUAUCAGACCUGAAGGAGCUGGCUACUUUGGAGCAUCAUCUAGUGUGGUCCCACUACGAGCUAUCACCGAGCAUGGCUUUGAUCUGAAUAUUCCAUCACCGGGUGGAUCCGGAUAUCACCGAACCGCACCACUCAAAUCCCAGUUGAUCAGUUCAGCUCCAUCGGGGUUGGUGGAACAAGCAUUCAUUGAUUCAUAUUUCAUGAAUUAUCACAGCAGUUAUCCGUUCGUCCACGAAAGUACGUUCAGGGCACAAUAUCAUGAGCAGAUACCACGACCCCAUGGACCAGUAUGGCAUAUUCUCCUGAAUACGAUUCUCGCUCUUGGUGCAUGGUGUAUUGGCGACGACAGUUCAGAUCUGGAUAUCACAUUCUAUCAAGAAGCUAGAAGUUACCUGCAGCAAACGUCUGUGUUUGAAAUGGGAAAUAUCACCCUAGUGCAAGCGUUGGUGCUUCUCAGCAACUACACACAAAAGCGGAACAAACCCAAUACAGGCUGGAACUAUUUGGGUCUGGCCGUACGAAUGUCGAUGAGUCUUGGAAUACAUAAAGAAUUCCCAGGCUGGAAGAUCAGCCUGUUACAACGGGAGAUUCGCAGGCGGCUGUGGUGGGGUGUCUUUAUGUUCGAUAGCGGUGCAGCAAAGACGUUUGGACGUCCGAUUCUUCUUCCAGACGAAACCAUAAUGGAUGCGCAUCAUGUCUUAAACAUCCAUGAGGAAUCGCUCACCCCGGCCACAACGACAUUACCGCCUGAAGUCAAUGGGCCAACCAUAUAUUCUGGCCUGAUUGCACAGGCUAAUUUUCAUUUAAAGACCAAUCACGUCUACCAACAAUUACUCGUCUCUAGCCCAAGUAUUUCGACAGCAGAGGCGCAAGAAUUGCAGAAGCCUAUGGAGGAAUGGUCCAACGAACUGCCAUAUUAUCUAAAGAGUGCUAUACCAGACGAGCCGGACUGGUUGGCACUAAUGCGAAAUCGACUAAUGUGGCGAGACAUGAAUAUGAGAAUGCUUAUAUACAGACCUAUUGUUCUUCGUUGGGCUACAGAACGUUGGAAAGCAACAGAGAAUACAGUUGAACCAGAAGAUGAAGCAGAGAAAGAAUGCAGACUCCGCUGCUUACAGUUUGCCAGAACCACAAUUUCGUGUAUGAUGGAGUACAUGGAAACCCACAUGUGCACUCGACUUGGCGCCUGGUAUAUUUUGUAUUUCCUGUUUCAAGCGGUUCUUAUCCCUAUUAUCUUUCUCAUGACCGAUCCUACUUCACCCGACGCUGCAUCAUGGUACCAAGACGUGGAGACGACAAAGACUAUAUUAAGUCACCCAACCUUGAGCAAUAACUGGGUAGCUCUGCGCUGCCUCGAUGUGAUUACCCGUCUCUGCUCGCCUGCAUCGUUGGCCGAAAGCCAGUCUAACAUGCAGAACCAAUUUAUGAUGCAACCACAGGGUCAUCUAUUUACCAAUCAAGCUUUUGGACUCUUCCAGAAUGAGAUUGGCGGCCCGGGAGUUGGGAUUGGACAGCCUAACGCUGGUUUGGAUUUUACUGAAUGGGUAAAUUAUCCAGGGCAAGAAAACAGUUAUGCUUGA